AUGGCAAAGACAAAAGGAAAUGAGAGUAUGAAGAAGAAGAAGAACCCAUUCAUGGAACCACCAAAGAAGCAAAUCAAGCUAGGGAGUAGUAGCUCCAAUGCAAGAGCAGCAAUACCAACUUCACCACAUUCCAUUGAUGCAAGUCAAGAACAUGUGGAGAGUCCAAGAAGAGGAGAAGAUGAUUGGGCACUUGUAACCUUUGUUGGAGAACAAAUCCAAGACCCAAGAAAGUGUAAGAAGGCAAUGGAGAAGGUGAACAUCGAGCCAUGUGUGAAGAUGGACACCCAAACCCUUGAUCUUCUCAAGAUAAGAGAUGAUGUCACAUGGUACAUAAGGAAGCUAGGCUUGAGCAAGCUCUUCAAGCUAGAGUGUAGUGAGUACUCACAACUCACCAAGGAGUUCCUCUCCACAGUAGCUCUUGCCUUUCCCAACCACAAUGGAGACCAACCAGCUGGUGAUGGACUCCUACUCUUCAAGAUAGGCGAUGCCAAUGGGCGCAUCUCCAUCUCAGCUCUAUGCCAACUCUUUGGACUUCCCAAUGAGACAGCACAUGACUUCAAGGAGAACUCAAAGAGGAAACAAGCUGCCUUUGCUGAUUGGACACACUUUGCCAAUGAACCAUUCUUGCCUUCAAGGUCAAAGGUGUCUAGAAUCACUCAUCCAGCCAUUCGCUAUGUGCACCGCCUCAUCUCCACCACUUUCCAAUGCAAACAAGAAGCCAACAAGGUCACAACUGAUGAGUUCUACAUCCUCACCACACCAUUCAUCAAGCAUGAGUACAAGGCCAACCUUGGACUUUUACUUGCCAAGACAUUCAUCAAUGUGAGGAAGCUAGCUAAAGACUUGGAAGGCAACAAGAAGCUUUGUGUUCGUUUUGGGAGGCUUAUCACGGCCAUAGUACUGCAUGUGGGGAUUGACAUUCCCAACUAUGAGCCACUACCCAAGCCAACCCCUUUGGAUCUCCAUGCUCUUCAGCACAUCCACUUCCUAAACCGUUGGACUAAAGACCCAACUCGGUUUUGCUAUGAGUUUCCAAUUGGUCCAGCCAACACUUCCCUUGUCUUGCUGCCACAUGAGACAUCCCAAGCCUACGCUCAGGAGUUUCAAGACUCAACGCCGCCACCAAGAACGCCAUGUUCUCACUACUGGCAUGGCGCGCACCAAGCUCUAGACCGUGUUAACAAGCUGGAGAAGAUCGUGGAGUGCCAAUCUCGCUUCAUCUCACGCCUAGUCCGUGUAGUUCGCCACAUUGCACCGGAGAGACUCUUUCGCCCUUCUUCCACCGCUAGAGAGCCAUAUGAGCCUGACCUUGGUGAGUUCUCACUAGACUCAGAGCUUGGUUCAGAAGGCGAUGACCCCAUAGAUGAGGAAGAGAGUUCUUCUCACUGCCACACAUAG